CUUAUGCUAAGUUUUCCAAGACUUAAGUUGACUUCUUCAUUUCUUUUUAAAUACCUCAAGCUUAGAUAAACUUCACUACACCAUUCCUUGUAGUUUCUGCCUCACUCACACUUCAACAACCCUGUCAGCAUCAAUGAAUGUUAGAUUUUAAAAUUGUGCUACAAGUGGAAAUACAUGAUGACAAGACAAAGAAAAAAUCCAUGAAGGCGAUCUCUAAUAUUUCGGGAGUUGAGUCAGUUUCUUUAGAUAUGAAGGACCAGAAAUUAACCUUAACUGGAGACAUGGAUCCUGUGCAAGUAGUGACAAAGUUGAGGAAGUUGUGUCUUCCUAAAAUACUAUCUGUUGGACCAGCCAAGGAGCCUAAGAAAGAAGAGAAAAAGAAGGCUACUGAGGAGAAAAAGGAUCAAAGUAAAAAGUCAGAAGCACCUGGUGUUGCCAAGAUUUGUGAAGCCUAUCAUUAUCCUAUUAUGAUGGCACAGCCACAAUACUAUUACACUAGUGUGGAAGAGAAUCCUAAUGCAUGUGUUAUCUGUUAACUUUUAGAAUAAUUGGAAGAAAAAAAAGUACAUUGUUUUUAGUACUCUCUCCGGCCUUAUUUAUAAGAAUAUUUCAUUUUUAGGUUCAUUGAAUAAUAAAUGUAUCUGAUCUACAUGGUAGACCAGAUACAUUUAUUAUUCAAUAAACUUAAAAAAGGAAUCUUUGCUUAUAAAUAAGGUUUGAGGGAUUACUUUUUUUUUUUCUUUCUCCUUAGUCUUCUUUUCAUAAUGGUUAAUUUCCUUGCUAUUUAGUUGUUUGUAAGAGGCCGAGUUAGUGUUUAUGAAUUGUUGAGCAAUGAAGUUAUUGUAUGUGUUU